GUUGUUCAUGUUAGUUAAUAUGAAAAUGGAAUGUGUAUGUCAUUACCAUUGAAAGAUCUUCAGCAAAAAAGACCCCAACUCAACAAGGACACUUGAAAUAAAACCUAGGUGCUUUGAUACCACAGGUAUAUUGCUAGCACGCGGGUUUUCCAAGUUAAUGAGUACACAACAUUUCCAUAAACUCCAUGAGGUCUGUUUACCUAUGAUCUCGGCGGUGGUUGGAUGGAUUAGAGAUGAACUGGACAUCCAGACACAACUCGGGGUUUCCGCCUGCAAGUCUAUGGAGAAGAGAGGCAGGUCUGAGCUCCUGAAGGCCAAUACUAAUAGUAUCUUAGUUAGGCUUCACGAUGGGGCCGCGCUACCCCACGAUCAGCUUUUGACUAUCAAGUUACGCCCGCAAUUAGACUUUUGAAUGGAGUAAGAAGAGAUAGAUACUCUGACACGUUUGUAUUUUUCCUUAAAAGUUGCAGUUGACAGUGGCACGUGCAAAUGCGACAAUUCGUCUACCAUAAGUAUAUGUAAACCUGGCCCUGCAUGACCAUAGUUUUGUGCGCUUAGAUUAGGAACUGCUAUGCAGGAGUCCUUCAUUGCAAACAAUUAUCCUGUACACAGUACUCCGUACAGAGCACUCAUUUAGCACAUGACGACUUUGUUUCAAUGACUAAUCACUCGGCUUUCUU